AUGCCCGUCAACAAAACGGCCAUGCUCGAAGCCCUUCACAGCGCGCUGCGAAACAGCAAUUUCCACAAACGCUGUUUCCCGGACUCAGAUCCAACCUCCCAGCGGCAAUACGUCAACUGGAUCGAGAAUAACACGGCCCACCCUACGGCCCCGAUUGCCGGGUGGGCACGCUGGCUCCGGCGUCUGGCUCCGGCUCCGGCUCCGGCUCCAGGCGCCAAGCCCACGGCCUUCACCGAGACCAUGUUCCCGGCCGCCGGCGAUGCGAAACCCGCUGCGAGCUUCUUUCAAGCCAAUUUUGACGCGAUGAACAAGGCCAGGGCCAAUCAAACGUGUAGUUUCUGUCUAUGCUCAUCGUAUCAGAGGUGUCUGAGAAGCGUGGCGCCGAUAAGGAGCUUUCGAGAUGGGGAGUUGACAAGGCAGAUAGAGAAGGGUAGGCAGCUUUUGGAAAUGCCACCCCGGAAACAAAGGCACUGUUUGAGGGCUUUGGAUUCUAUGUUGCUGAACGUCAUGAGUUUCAAGGUGGCUUGGUGA